AUGGCUGCUCUAGAGAAAGUGUCUUCCAACAAAGUCUACGAAGGUGAACUGAUCAAGUACAAGUUCAAGUCCGAGGCUCUUGGGGGACUAGAUGCAAACUUCAACUUAUUCUUGCCUUCCAACAAGUCUGGCGUUAAGGUUCCCGUUCUCGUAUAUCUUGCAGGACUAACAUGUACCGAAGACACUGGUGCCCAGAAAGGUGGAUAUUUAGGUGUAGCAGCCUCACAGAACAUUGCUAUCUUAUUCCCCGAUACGUCUCCCCGGGGUGCAGGUGUCCCAGGCGAAGACGACGAUUGGGAUUUUGGCACAGGGGCAGGAUUUUAUUUGGAUGCCACUCGCCCUGAAUACUCAAAGCACUACAAUAUGGCCACCCAUAUCACUGUCGAACUUCCACAGGUUAUUGAAGCGGCUGGUAUACCAAUAGAUUUUCAACGCCAAUCUAUUUUCGGUCAUAGUAUGGGCGGACAUGGCGCUUUAACUUUAUAUCUUUCUUCAAAAACUAAACAAUAUCGUUCCGCGUCUGCCUUUGCUCCUAUAUCAAAUCCUACAAAAUGUCCGUGGGGUGAAAAGGCGUUCAAAGGAUAUCUAGCCGGUGGCAUAGCAGAAGGAAAGAGGUAUGACGCCACCGAGCUCAUCUCGAAGAGCACCGAUCCCGUCCACAUCCUCAUUGACUACGGUACCGGCGAUAAUUUCUACAAACAAGGUCAACUUCUGCCGGAAUCCUUCUUGAAAGCCGCGCGCGAUGCUGGUUAUGAUGAGUUCCAAGUGCGAGUGCGAAGUCAAGAUGCUUAUGAUCACAGUUACUAUUUUAUUUCUACAUUUGCAUCGGAUCACAUUCACUUCCACGCCAACUUUUUGAAAGCUUGA